AAUCAUUGUCACUAAACAAUAUGAGGAAGAAGGUGUAUUGUUGUUUUUAACGUGAGGAGGACUCACCAUUCAUAAUAACAGCUUCAUACAACCAGGAUGGCGAGCACAGUCUCCAAAGAAAUCUCCUAUGAAGAUCUGAAAGCUCUUAUGGGAAAGAGCCAGAAUCUCCUUCUGGUUGACGUCCGCAGUAAAGAAGAAGUGGAUAAAGGACGUAUUCCAGGAUCUGUUAACAUCCCACUUGAUACAGUAGAAGCAGCUCUUAAAAUGGAGCCAGAAGAAUUCAAGGCCAAGUACGGAGUAACAAAGCCACCGUUGGAUACGCCAGAGCUGGUGUUUCACUGCCAGAUAGGCAGGAGAGGGGGAACGGCCACAAACAAAGCCCACGAACUUGGAUUCGUCAAUGCCCGUAAUUAUACCGGAGCAUACAAGGAGUGGUCUGAGAAAGAGGGAAAGUGAUUCUUGUUGAAGGCAAAAGCCUCUUCUAUAUUUAUAUUGUUGAAUGCCAAACCUUAUAUAUAUAUAUAUAUUUGUUGAAGGUAAAGCCUCACAUAUAUUUAUACAAACAACAAUUGUGAAAACUAGACGGACAAAAUAGAGAAACAUUUUUUUGUGUUUUUGUUUAUCUUUUGAUACUGUUUUGUUUUCAUAUGGUGCAUUGUAUUUAAAAUGUAUGAUUUAAUACAAAUAAAAUAAAUUGUUGCCUA